UAUUUACAUAUGUCACUUGUCAGAACUGUCAAAAAGACGUAGAACGUUUUUAUAAGCAAUAAAUUUAAUAAAAAUUAAUAAUAUUGGUACCUACGAAUUUUUUAUCCCAAAAUUAUCGAUUCACAAAAAUAUGACUAAGAUUUAUUUAACAUUUAGUCGAAUUUCUUUUUUAAAGUCAAUGCUUAUAAUUUAAAGGUUACCUUUGUGUCAAUUUUUAAUUGUUUUUACAGUAUUCAUUUUAAAAAUAUUUGCCAAUAUCAAUUACAUUUCAUGUGCACUUUAAAAAUAAACUUGUGAAUUAUUGAUAUUUGUGUCGUUGGAAAUGUUAUUAAAGCUACUACGAAAUUAAUGAAGUGACUAAUAUAAAGAAUGGACAUGUGAGGCAGAAAAAUGAAUACUUUUUAAUAACUUGAAGAAAUUUUAUCUGUUUAUAAGUACGAGAUAGAAAUAUCUGGAUUAAGUAAAUGAAAUAAACUUUUUCCUUCUACGUUGAGGAAACGGUACCUAUUAUUUUUUCUUUGCCGUAAAUGAAGAACAUUCGCUAUGAGGAUUUUAAACUGUGUGAUAAUUUUGUCACUUUUUCUGGCAUCAAUAAAUUGUAGUGACAUCACUACUGCUGUUUUUGGAAAUGUAUUGGAUGGAAUGCCAGCUGCAUUUGGUGACUUCAAUUCCGAUGAACUCACCGAUGUCUUUGUAAUUCGAAAUAAUGGCAAAACCGUGCAAGUUAUGCUAGCUGCUGAACAAGAGCCGCUUUUACGCAUAUCGAAAAACCUUACUUGCAGUUUUCACGAUGAGCAAAUUACAAACGUUGUUCCCGGAGAUUUCGAUGGAGAUGUAUUCAUGGAUGUUCUGGUGACAACUCUCAACAAAGAUGAUCAGCUGACAAAUGUAUACAUUCUUUGGGGCAGCAACGGUGAAUGGAGUUGCAGCAAUGUCACAAAUCCGACUAUAAAAAUAAAGGGCCAACCUUUGUCCAUUGAUUAUAAUCAUGACAUGAUAAUCGAUUUAUUUGGUGUGGACACCAAUGACAAGAGAAUGUUCUGGACAUUUAACAGGAACAGAACCAAGCCCACAGCUAUUGAGAUGAGCAAUACGGAUAACAAGUUGUCUGAAAUAAGCAGUCCUCACUCUAAUGCAUUUCUGGACAUCAAUAAUGAUUUUAUUCCCGAUCUUCUCUUGACCACAAAAAAGAAUUUUGAAGUUUGGUUGGGAAAUGUAUCUGAAGGCUUCCACUUUGAUCACAAAAUAGAUUAUCCUUACAAUUUUUCAAAAGAUCAUUUUUCUGGGCAUAUAGGUCAAUCUCUGUAUUUUGACGCAGAAUCAACGGGAAAAAUUGAUCUCGUCUUACCAUUGUGCUUUGAUCGUCUUUGCAAAAAUAGUACUAUUAUGAUAUACUCCGAUGAAUGGUACGACUUGCACAUUAAUUUUAAAGACGACAAUAAUAAUGUGUGGGGCUUUGUUCCUGAAAAGAGUGGUAUGUAUACGGAAACAAUAACUCUUCGCGGUGGAGAUUUCAAUAUGGACGGUUAUCCGGAUUUACUUGCUACUUUGGGUUCGAAUUCCCAAUCGAACAGAGCAUUUUUAUUACUGAAUGUCCACUGCAGCAAGUGUGGUAAAUUUAAACGAACCUUUGAAGUUCAGUGGAAUGCAUUGAGUCCAUUUUACAAUAACAGCGUUAUGGCUGUGUUUUAUGAUUUUUACCAAGACGGCUUUCUGGAUGUGAUUCUCGUAACGAAUGAUAAUGCCAAAAAAGAAUAUCGCACGGCUGCUUUUAAAAAUAGUAUCGAUUACGAUGCCAACUUUGUUAAAGUAAUGGUUCUCACUGGUCUUACAAACAGUAUGUAUCCGAUUUCACCUGGUACGCUAGGCAAAAAGAAGAGGACUUAUGGAACUAAUUUACCUGGUCCAUCGAUUGCGUACAAGACAACAACCCAAGAUGGAAGUCCACGAAAUGGGAUAGCUGCGCAGUUGCCACAGAGUGCAUAUCACUCAUUAAAUUUACCGUACACUACCUUUGGCUUAGGAAGAACUCCGAACUUUGUGGAUUCUCUUAUAAUUGGCGUAAAUGGAGAGUAUAAGGAAUGGCCACAAAUAAUUCCUAAUUCUCAAAUGGUUGUGAUUCCUAACCCGAUUUCCGAACCAAAUAGAUGGAAAGCACAGCUAUUCGUAACGCCCAGCAAACUAAUUCAGUUGAGUGCUGUAGCACUUACGGGAACUUGCGGUUUAAUAACAGCAAUUAUUCUUAUUCUGUAUUGGAAGGAAAGGCGAGAAGAUAAAAUUGAAAAACUUCAAGAGGCACAUAGAUUUCAUUUUGAUGCUAUGUAAAUAUUUAAUGUUAAGUUGUAAAUAAUUUAUUUAAUAAAACAAUAAUAAAUUUAUAA